AUGGAGCGGGUUUGGAGACGCGUGAAAAGUGCUAGUUGCCGAGCUGGCACAAAGAUAGUAUCCCUGAAUGAUAGUCAAUUAACACAACAGCAGUUGCCUGACCAUUGUGAUGACCAAAAGCAAAGACAGUUGGAUAUGAAGCGUGUUCGAAGUCCUCAGGCCAUUGUCUGCAGCUGUCAGACACAGCCGUGCCUUAUUCACCCUGUAGUUAUCAAAGUCCGUAAGAGGCAACGUUCGUCACCGUUCUACUGCAAAUGCCCUCCCGAGAGCAAACCUUAUAUACACACACACAGACCAGCUGGACCGAGGCAUUCUCGGAGAUGCGAGUGCACGGAACAACCAUGCCGGCACGGUACCGGAGUAAGCUACAAUUGGCGGCGGCGCGGAACUCCUCAAGGUCCGUCCGUAUUGUUCGCAAAUUUGCAGCAACAGCAGCAGAUCCUAACACCACCCUGUCCCCACGGCUCUGCCAAGAUUUGCGACUGUCCGAGCGAAGCCCGACUCUGUAUGUAUCCAGUCAGUAGCCAGUAUCAGCGACAUCAGCAACAAUGUCAAGAUCGAGGCCAGGUAAUACCAACAAUGACCAUAGCAGCAUCUGACGGUCCAAUAAAGAAAGUCAAAUGUCGCGUACGCCGUGCCGCCGACUGUGCCAUGGCUCGCUGCAGUGCUGAGCUUGCGAUGCUUCAGCUGCACUGGGAAUUGCCCAGCGAGUGCGCACCCUGCCGGCCUCGCCGACUCACACGUCGCUUAUGCCGCCGCCAAUACAGUGACAACGAACUCUACCGCAGCAAUAGUUUCAAGUUUGAAAAGUUUGAACGCAGCAAAGACGACUGCUCGACGCCCAUGCGCAAACAGCGUAUUUUGGAUACUGGCUAAAAAUACAUUAUUUG